UGAUUCGCGCCACAACGCUGCACGGUCGAUCGGUCCUCUCUUUAUUCCAGCCACCCAUACUUGAAGCAGUAAUCGGGAUACUCGAAGCUCGUUUACCCUCGGAACAAGUUCCUUCGGCAAGGAACUCGAGCGGCGGCAAUUUAAUUAAUCAUUCAAGUGGACCUCGAUAAGAUUAUAAACGGACAAUAAAUGUGCGAAUAAUAUAGGAAAUCUACAAAUUAGCUCUAUCCUAACUAACUACUCAACCAAAACUAGCCUAUCUGCUACCCCCCCUCAACUGUCUGUCUGGUGGCACACAAUCUAAUCUGUCCACCACGUUCAAUGGUUUAUUGAGCUGCACGACGCGGCACAGAGAGUAAGCGGAGCAUCCCCCCACAGAGAGGCUGAAACAUGACGGAAGUGCGACGACGGGGCUCGGUUCCCCCACCGGGACACUACCUCUGCGGCAUGGCCAACUGGCAUCCGGCCUGGCUGCAGAAAUACGCCACCACGAAGAUGUUUAUGGGUGUCUAUGGAUUGCUGGGCACCAUUCAGGCCAUGUCCUACAUGUACUUCAUUGUGACACUGACCACGCUGGAGAAACGCUUCAAGAUACCCAGCCAGACGACAGGCAUUAUCCUCAGUGGCAAUGAGAUCUCACAGAUCAUGUUGUCCCUCAUCUUGUCGUACAUUGGCGGACAGCGCAAUCGUCCGAGAUGGAUCGCCUGGGGCAUUGUCUUUUGUGGCUUGUCCUGCUACAUUCUGGUGCUGCCACAUUUCAUCUAUGGCGCGGGGCAAGAUGUGCUGCAGUUUACCAAGGAGUAUCAGGAUAGUCUAAGAAAUGGCACCACCGAUGAGGGUGUUCUACUGCCAAAUGUAUCAUCAACCCAAAGCGAGCAACUAUGUGGCGUGGGCAAGCAGGCGGAGGGCUGUGAUGAUCUCUUCACCUACGUGCCACUGGUCUUGAUUUUCCUCUCGCAGUUUGUGCUGGGCGUGGGCAACACCCUGUACUACUCGCUGGGGCAGACCUAUCUGGAUGACAACACCAAGAAGACAAACACGCCGCUAAUGCUGGCGGUGGCCAUGGCGCUGCGCAUGAUUGGACCCGUCGUUGGCUUCUUCUUUGGUUACAUCUCCCUUAACACCUUCAUUGAUCCUUCAAAGACCCCGCUGAUAGACAGCAAGGAUCCGCGUUGGUUGGGCGCCUGGUGGCUGGGCUGGGUCAUCUUGGGCACACUGAUGUGCCUCUUCUCUGGACUGAUUGGACUCUUUCCCAAGCAGCUGCCCAAGCGGCACGAUCCCAUCAAGCACAACUCCCACCUGCCGCUGGCCAUGCGCCACGAGGAGCUCAAACGUGAGGAGAAUCUCUCACUGAGCAGUCGCUUCUCCUCGAAUGCGGCGCUGGACAACAUUGGCGCGGGGGCUGGUGCCAAUGCGGAUCUGCCCAAGCUGAAGGACUUUCCACGUGCCCUCAUGCGACUGUUGCGCAACAAGCUGCUGAUCUUCAACAUUACCUCUGCUGUGUUCUAUAUAUUGGGGGCCUCUGGAUUUAUGACUUUCCUCACAAAGUACAUGGAAGUGCAGUUCCACAAGAACGCACAGAGUGCCACCAUUGUGGUUGGUCCUGUCUCCAUUCUGGGCAUGGUUGUUGGCCUAAUUGGCUCUGGUCUGGUGCUGUCCAAGAAGAAGCCUGCCGUCAGCAAGGUGCUCAUGUGGAACGUCAUUGUGGGUUGCAUCUACAUCAUGGGUCAGAUUUCCUAUGCUUUUCUGUACUGCCCGGAUACUUUUUCCAUGACACAUGUGGGAGACCUCAAUCUCACGAGCGCCUGCAACUCCAAUUGCUCCUGCAGCGGCAUUACCUACACUCCAGUUUGCCAUGAGCCCACCGACACCACCUACUUCUCCGCCUGCCAUGCGGGCUGUCAAGGCUACAACACAGAGUCAAAGGUGUACGAGAAUUGCAGCUGUCUGGCGGAUGCCGGCCUGAUACAGCCCAAUGCGGCACAGCGACUGCUGAAGCUGCUGAAGCCCACGACAGAGACAGACUGGAAGCCCACGUCGCAGCCAGCACUGGAGUCCACGACGGAUACAGAUAUGUAUGAGUCCAUGACAGACUUCAGGCUCAGUGAUGGAGUGCCGCUGCUCAACGAUGACAACGAUUACAAUGGCUUUGAUGAGCGGCUGCCAUCCCGAGUGCGACGAUCCACUCCCGAGCAGGUUAUUCGGCCUGGCAUCUGCAUGCAGGGCUGCAACUGGAGCUUCUGGGUCUUCUCCAUCACCUCGAUGGUUGUCAAUUGGUUUGGAUCCUCUGGCCGAAUAGGCAAUGUGCUGGUCAACUACCGUGCAGUGGAAACAGGCGACAAGUCCUUUGCCCAGGGCCUGGCACUGAUGAUGAUCAGCAUGUUUGCCCUGAUUCCUGGUCCGAUUAUAUUCGGACGGCUCAUUGACUCUACGUGUCUGGUGUGGACAAAGACCUGCCAUGGCAAUGGCAAUUGUCAGCUGUACGAUCAGACGAGGUUCCGCUACUCCAUUAACUUUUUAUCAUGCCUGCUCACCUUCUUUGGCAUGUUCUUUGAUUACCUGGUGUGGUACUACGGCCGGGAUCUGGACAUCUAUGGCGACAAGGAGGCCAAGCAGCAGGAGCGUGCCAACCGAAAGGAUCAGCCCAUUACUCCAUUGCUGGCCAAGAAAUCCGAGAAGAUCCAAGAGGAAUACUAAAGCCAGAACCAACGCGUGAUACUCAGUUCUAAGGUCGGGCGAGAUCGAGUUCCUAAAACAUAAAACGAAUCGGAGGAAAAGGGAAUUUUUCGCAUAAGUAUUGGUAGAGGAGGAUCCAGAAAUUCCACAGCCAAAUGUACAAACAAACCUCUCGCUGGCGCCUAGGCCCUAAGGAAAUUAUCCAUUCUUUGUUGUUAUUUCCAUUGUUGAAAUUGUCAUUGUUUUUUUUACUACCUACUCAUUUAAGGAACCAAACAUGAACCAACCCAUGAUUAGCU